AGGCCUGCCAGUGGAAGGAAACGCAGUGGAUUCAGAGGUUGUCCUACUAAGCAAAAAAAUAAUAUAAUAUCUUCAAACAUUCUGCUGUUUAUUUCAACGGAAGACCAGAAACCGCGGUUUGACAGUUUUGGAAUUUAUAACGCCUUCUUUUGGAGUAGGGUCUUGAGACAGAAGUCCCACUUGGAUGCCCAAAACACACACUUUGUCCAGAUUUCAUCAUGAAUCGGAAUAAGCGUGAAAAGGAGUAUUACAGUUUAGAUGUCGGGGAUUCCACUUUUACGGUUUUGAAGCGCUACCAGAAUUUAAGACCCAUAGGCUCCGGAGCACAAGGGAUUGUCUGCUCAGCGUAUGACCACAACCUUGAAAGAAAUGUGGCAAUUAAAAAACUCAGCCGGCCUUUCCAGAACCAGACCCAUGCCAAAAGAGCUUACAGAGAACUGGUGCUCAUGAAAUGUGUCAACCAUAAGAACAUCAUUGGCCUAUUAAAUGUGUUCACGCCACAGAAGACACUGGAAGAAUUUCAAGAUGUGUAUAUUGUGAUGGAGCUGAUGGAUGCCAACCUGUGCCAGGUGAUUCAGAUGGAGCUGGACCACGAGCGGCUGUCCUAUCUGCUCUACCAGAUGCUGUGUGGCAUCAAGCACCUUCACGCCGCGGGCAUCAUACACAGGGAUCUGAAACCCAGCAACAUUGUGGUAAAGUCUGACUGCACGCUGAAGAUCCUGGACUUUGGAUUGGCCAGGACAGCGGCCACGGGACUCCUGAUGACCCCGUAUGUGGUGACCCGCUACUACCGCGCCCCUGAAGUCAUAUUGGGCAUGGGUUACCAGGCCAACGUUGAUGUCUGGUCUAUUGGCUGCAUCAUGGCAGAAAUGGUCCGAGGUAGUGUGUUGUUCCCAGGCACAGAUCAUAUUGAUCAGUGGAACAAGGUGAUCGAGCAGCUGGGGACUCCAAGUCAGGAGUUCCUGAUGAAGCUCAACCAGUCAGUGAGGACUUAUGUGGAAAACAGACCCCGCUAUGCCGGCUAUACCUUCGAGAAGCUCUUCCCCGACGUCCUCUUCCCAGCCGACUCAGAGCACAACAAACUGAAAGCAAGUCAAGCCAGAGACCUAUUAUCGAAGAUGCUGGUAAUAGAUGCAUCCAAACGGAUCUCUGUGAGCGAGGCUCUCCAGCACCCCUACAUCAACGUGUGGUAUGAUCCAACUGAAGUGGAGGCGCCCCCACCACUGAUCACAGACAAGCAGCUGGAUGAGAGGGAGCACACGGUGGAGGAGUGGAAAGAUUUGAUAUACAUGGAGGUCCAGGACUGGGAGGAGAGAACAAAGAAUGGAGUGAUCCGGGGACAGCCAGCUUCUUUAGGUGCAGCAGUGAGCAGCAGCUUCCAGCAGCACCCUUCUGCGUCGUCCUCGUCCGCCAACGAUGUGUCCUCCAUGUCCACCGACCCCACCCUGGCCUCGGACACAGACAGCAGCCUGGAGACGGCCUCUAACACGGACCCGCUGGGCUGCUGCAGAUGACCAUCACCCUGCCCUGGUCCCUGUCCCACCAGUCCCUCCGCUUGCCUUCAAUGGUGUAGAGUUUAGGCCAGUUUCGAUGUUUGUUUGUUUGUAAAAAAAAAAAAAAAAAGUUUUAAAAAGUUUUUUUCCUUAAAGUACUACUACAGAGUAAUUUUUAUUACAUUUUAUUAAUAUUUUUUAGUCCAUGCUGUAAUAUCAAUUUAUUUUUAAACUAGGAACUUUAUGAUUUCACUACGCUGCAGUUUUGGCCAAUGGUGAUAGUUUGAGAACGUCUGUAAAAGAGUUUUACAUGCUUUCAUUUUGUAUCUUUGUUUUUAGUUUCAGCUACUUCUAUAUAAGCUACUGCUGUUUCAACUGGCCAUAUCAAUGUAGAAUGAGUUUGUACAGAUUUUAUGGUGAAUAUAUUUUUUUCAAAUUUAGUUUGCAGUGAGCCAUUCUAACCGUCAUUUAAUUGAUACAUUUAUGAUUUUAGUACUCCCCUUCUGAAUAGUAUUAUUUCUUUGUCUAUUCUAAUCUCUUUCAUAUAGAAUAUUGUUUAAUGCAUAUCCAUUGGGUUGGAUUUUGAGAUAUACUUUAGAUUUAUUUGUAAAAAAAACAAAAAACAACAGUUUUCCUCGUGAGUCACUACCUCCUUGAAAAAACAAAACAGUUUAUCAAACCGCUUUCUUUUUUUCUUUUCUCAUUAGUUUAGUCUUAAAAUAUCUCAAAAUGCUGUUAGAUUCCUGAACCAUUUUCUCUUUUGGUAAGAGAAGACAUUUAGUAUUUCUUUUUUGUUGUUGAAUUUUUGUCUGAAUUUUCUUUUCCAAUGUUAUGGGUGUUACAGUAUAUGACGGAAAUGGCGCAGAUAGGCCAAGAAAGGAAACUAAGGAGCUUUUGAUCAUUUUCUUUGUUUGUCAGUGCUGAAGGCACUGCUUCCUCUACACUGGUCAGUUAUUCUCCAGUGAUUCUUUUCUACAGCCCCACUGUCAAAGAAAGAGUAAACCUAUGUUGAACGCUAGGACUGAGAAACGUGGCAGUAUGCUGAAGAGCUUUGUGAGAAAUAGGAUGUUACUAGUUAGAAUACAUGACUUGAGACGGUUGAAGGUAUAUGAAGAAUGUGUUUCGAUUGAGUCCAAAACAGGGACGUAAAAGAGAGGGCUUGUGUAUGUGGUGAUGUUGGUUGUCUUUGGAGGGAUGGACAUUCUGCAGGCUUAAAGCGCAGAAACAAACUAUUUAAAGAAACAAGGUUCCUAAUCUGUGCUCUUGUUAUUCAUGUAAUAUAAGUGUGCAGGCAGUUUGCAGUGUAUUGAACAUUUCAAAUUGGACAAUGAGUGUACAAUACAUAAGUAAUAAGCUGGAUCUCAGAGAAGAUAAUUUGCUGAACCCUUUGCAGAACUUGUACGUAUGCAUGCACUAAAUAAAUGUCACCCUAUGCUUAGUACACCACACAAUAGCUACAGAACCACCUCAAAACCCAAGUGAAUCAGUGAUUCUGAACUGUAUGCAAUAAUGGUGUCCUUAGUGUUUUUUUAAAAUGUGUAAUUUAGUGUUUAAAAGGAAAAAGUGCCUGUAGUUUGUCAAGCAUUCAUUCCUGAGUAUCUCGGAAGAGGAUGAGUAGUCCUGUUGUGUCGAGGUCAAUAACGGUUCCUGAUAAUGACUACAGUAGUUUCCACAAAUAAGUCAAUCACAUUUGAGGCGUUUAUCGUUAAUGUAUUGUACAUUUUCUUGGGAUUGGUAAGUCUCCAACUUUACGGUCAAUGUUCUGUCAAGAGGAUGAUGUAUGCUUCUGAUUAUUUUAGCUCAUACAUUAGAAUUUUUUUCAAAAGGGGGGCAGUUUUAUCAAAGUAGGUCUUUCAUCAAAGUAAAAUACGUUUUAAAAAAUUACAAUGACUGGUAGGUGCGUAUGGUUUGCGGCUUUACUUUGCAUAAUGAGAAUGUGCUUGAUGAUUUUAGGGGGAAAAUUAUCAUACUGUUUUGCCUCAUUUCCUCAAUAUUAAGCCAAAUGUAUUUGCGCUGAAUGGUGGCUGUGGCAGUGUAGCUGUUAUGCGGUGGCGUUGAAGAAUGCCUGUGCUAAAUUAUGGAGUUUCAGAAUGUAAAAUACCAUGUAGUGUGUUGUCGAAGGGGAAGGUAUGCAGAAUAACAGCCAAUCACAUGUAACCAUUAUUAUAGUAGCUGUGUUAUAAUUCAUAAUUAUGAUGACUUUUUUUGUUAUUUUAAGUGCUCUUCUGUUUCUUAACCCAGCAUUAUUAGGGACACAUUCAGAAUUGUUUGACUUUCUGUGGCUUUUUGCUUUUCUAUCACAUCUCUCAAAAUUGUAAUUGUGAUUUUUAAGUAGGCUUUGAUGAACUACCUCACACUCAAUUUCUACAAGUUCUUGGAUACCUAGUUGCCCACAUGAUUAGCUAUCGAAGACAUGUGAAUACAGAUUCCGUUAUUUAUUUAUUUGAAAGUGUAAUAUUGUCAAUGUUAGGAAACUUCUAGUUGUGUACGGUGUGUACUUCACCUAGAUGUAAAGAGAAUUGUUUAUGUAAAUGUCACCCCCCCCUCUUUUCCCCCCUUGUUUUUACAGUUCAUGUGCAAUACCUUCUGCAAAUUAUGCUAGUAGUAAACUAAGUGAUGGAUCUAGCCUGUUACUUUGUAUUUUUCUGAAGGUAGAGAAAUGUUUGGUACUGUCAAUCCAUGUUUUCCUUUUUUAUGAAUAAGGAUGAUUCCUUGUGACUUUUAAUCUAUGAUGUUACGUAAUCAGCCCUAAACCAGUCCUUAAUCUAUGGCCAGAGGCGGUUAUAUCAUACAUGGCCAAUAGAUUUUGAUUGGGAUAAGGCCAAAUAAUGAUAAAGGAAAAAAUGUUAAAGAUAAAUAAUGCCUAAAAACAAACUCAUAUAUAAGGUGCUGGUUUGUUAUGCAACUAGUUAAACAUUUCUGGCUCUGCAUCCUGACCGCAGCCAAUGAAAAGUACACUACUGGAAUAAAAACACUGGGAUCUGAUGAUGCCAACUUAAAAAACAAACAUGUACUGCAAAUAAAAGAAACAAAAUUUGA